GCACAGGGAGGCGGGCCAAAGGAUAACUUUCUCAACUCCUGAUUUGAUGAUCUGCGGAUUUCCCACUGUCAGUAUGUCACUUCGGGUUUAGUGUUCCGGGCUUUGUCCUGCCUCCUCACGCCGCGCAGCUCUCAGGGAUCAAAAGUAUCUUGCGCUUUUUUUUUUUUUUCUUUCCAUGAAAGCUCUUCACCAUCAGUCUGAGAUCUGGGCUUAAGGGGAGAGGAUCUGAGGGGCCCAGUUUGACUGAGAGAUAAUUCCCUAUACUUUCAGACAUGGCGCUUUCGUGAAAAAGCCAGUCUGAGGAUUUUGGAAGGGAUCUAACUUUUUAAAUAAAGCCCGUCUUUUUUUUUUCUGCACCAGCUGCGGGCACUCACCAUGGAGAUGCAAAGAUGGACCAUCAGGUGGAAAACGAAAAGGCGUCUAUUAGAUUCAACGUUAGUGGCCGUGGGCACGUUAUUUCUGAUUCUGCAAAGUGUCAAAGCAGCUCAAACUGUGGAUGUACUAAAAGCGUUAGACUUCAAGAGCUCUCCUGAAGGAGUCCGGAAAGCAGCAGGUUUCUGCACAGUCCGUAAAGGAUCCAAACCCGACGUAGCUUAUAGAGUGGCCAAAAAUGCUAAGAUCAGCGCUCCAACCAAACAGCUCUUCCCAGGAGGGGUUUUCCCUGAAGAUUUCUCCAUUCUGUUCACCAUCAAGCCCAAGGCUGGACUCCGAUCUUUCCUCCUGUCCAUGUACAACCAACAAGGCGUCCAGCAGCUGGGUGUGGAGGUGGGCCCUGACCCCAUCUUCCUGUAUGAGGACCAGCAUGGCAGACCCGCCCCAGAGGAGUACCCUUUGUUCCGCUCCAUCAACCUUGCUGAUGGCAAGUGGCACAGAGUCGGCAUCAGUGUUGAGAAGAAGAGUGUUACCAUCAUUGUGGAUUGUAAGAAGACGGUGACCAAACCACUUAAAAGAAGCGACCAGGCUGUAAUAAACACCGAAGGCAUUACAGUGUUUGGCACCAGAAUCCUGGAAGAUGAGGUCUUUGAGGGGGAUAUUCAGCAGCUUUUGAUCGUGGGAGACCCCACGGCAGCCUACGACUACUGUGAACACUACAGCCCUGACUGUGAAACACCCAGCCACCAUGACACCCCACAGGCCCAGGAACCAGAGGAAGAGUACCCUGUCUAUGAAUAUGGUGAAUUCUAUGACUACAGUGAAGGGGAAGUCGCCACUGAUGCUCCCCCUACCCCCGGAGCAAAGGCUGAGACAGUUGCUGGUGGAGACUACUACACUGGCGAGUACGACUACACCUUAGUGGAUGGGAGUCAGCCUGAACCUCCGACUGAGUCUUCCAGACAAGGCGAGACUUACGAUGCAGAAAUAGUGGACGAUUACGUCACCGGUAUGGAGGAGGUGGGAGUGGACCCCACCGCUCCUGUGGAGGCUGCUGCUCCUGUGGAUCAACCUGGGAAGGAGUAUCCUGAAACUGACGUGAAAGAGUUUAAGGAAUACGACAUGAAGGAAUACGACACCAAAGAGUUUCUGGAGAAACCCUACAACUAUGACAAUUACGGAGAUUACGGCGACUACGGUCCCACCCAAGCAAAGCCGACCCCUGAGGUUUAUGAGGAUGAGUUCGGUCCCGCUGUCCCAGCAGAGAGAGACAUCGGUGUGAGUGGGGGUUAUAAUCACUUGGGACAAAAAGGAGAGAAGGGUGAACCUGCAGUCAUUGAGCCUGGGAUGCUUUUAGAAGGACCCCAAGGAGGCCCUGGCCCAGCAGGUGUCCCUGGCAACCCAGGAUCACAAGGACCCCCAGGUACUCCAGGAGAUCCUGGUGAGAGGGGUCCACCAGGCCGCCCUGGUAUUCCAGGUUCAGAUGGGGUCCCUGGGCCUCCAGGUACCAUUCUGAUGUUACCAUUCCGUGCAGGCGGUGAAUCACAUAAGGGACCUGUGAUAACAGCCCAAGAAGCCCAGGCUCAGGCUAUCCUAUCUCAGGCUAGACUAACAAUGAGAGGCCCCCCAGGGCCGGUUGGGAUGGCAGGAAGGUCUGGACUUUUGGGACCCCCCGGAGCUCCUGGACUCAAAGGUGACAGUGGUGACUCAGGGCCACAGGGACCAAGAGGUCUUCAAGGUCCAACUGGUCCCCCAGGGAAAGUAGGAAAAAGGGGUCGCAACGGAGCUGACGGUGCGAGAGGAAUGCCAGGAGAGUCAGGUGGCAAGGGUGACAGAGGUUUCGAUGGCCUCCCUGGUCUUCCAGGAGAGAAAGGACACAGGGGAGAACAGGGAUCCACAGGCCCUCCAGGGCCACCAGGAGAGGAUGGGCCAAGAGGUGAAGACGGCCAGGUUGGACAGAGAGGAGUGGCUGGAGAAGGUGGCCCCAGAGGUUUGCUUGGCCCCAGAGGAUCCGCAGGUCCCCCAGGACAACCUGGUCUUUCUGGACUGGAUGGACAACCUGGUCCCAAAGGAAACAUGGGUCCACAAGGAGAGCCAGGUCCUCCUGGGCAACAAGGCCUACCGGGUCCACAUGGUCUUGUUGGUCCUCAAGGUCCAAUUGGGCCUCCUGGUGAAAAAGGACCUCAAGGGAAGCAAGGCCUGGCUGGACUGGCUGGUGCCGAUGGCCCUCCUGGUCACCCUGGGAAAGAGGGACCUCCUGGAGAGAAAGGAUCCACGGGUUUUCCUGGUCCCAUAGGAUCCAUCGGCUAUCCUGGUCCUCGUGGUGUAAAGGGCGCUGAGGGAGUCCGAGGCGUCAGAGGCGACAAAGGAGAAAAGGGAGAAGAUGGGUUUCCUGGUUUCAAAGGGGACAUGGGCAUCAAGGGGGACAAGGGUGAAGGUGGCGUGCAAGGACCCAGAGGAGAAGAUGGCCCGGAGGGUCCAAAGGGCAAAUCGGGACCAGGUGGAGAGGCUGGCCCCCUGGGUUUAGCUGGAGAGAAGGGAAAACUUGGAGUCCCUGGAUUGCCUGGGUACCCUGGAAGACAAGGCUCAAAGGGUUCGAAUGGAUUCCCCGGUUUCCCUGGAGCAAAUGGUGAAAAAGGAGCAAGGGGAACCGCUGGCAAAUCAGGCCCUAGAGGGCAACGUGGACCAACAGGUCCGCGUGGAGGACGUGGCGCAAGGGGGCCAACAGGAAAGCCUGGAGCGAAGGGCACCUCGGGCAGCGAUGGACCUCCGGGCCCACCCGGAGAGCGGGGACCUCAAGGACCUCAGGGACCUGUCGGUUUACCCGGACCCAAAGGACCCAAUGGCCCACCAGGGAAAGACGGGCUGCCAGGUCAUCCUGGACAGAGAGGAGAGACGGGUUUCCAAGGAAAGACUGGACCUCCAGGACCUGGAGGGGUGGUCGGACCUCAGGGACCAACCGGAGAGACAGGACCAAGUGGUGAACGAGGACACCCAGGCUCCCCUGGUCCACCUGGAGAGCAAGGUCUGCCUGGGGCUGCAGGGAAAGAGGGAGGAAAGGGGGAUCCAGGUCCCGGAGGUCAUUCUGGGAAGGUGGGACCAUCUGGACUGAAAGGUUUCCAAGGGGCAAGAGGUCUCCCAGGAGCCAUGGGUCCAGGUGGCUUAAAGGGAGGAGAAGGACCUCAGGGUCCCCCCGGCCCCAUCGGUUCCCCGGGCGAGAGAGGCCCCGCUGGUCCAGGAGGUCCUAUAGGUCAGACGGGACGCAACGGCCCCCAAGGACCACCAGGCCCUGCUGGAGAGAAAGGAGGCCCUGGAGAGAAAGGUCCCAUGGGUCCAGCUGGCCGUGACGGCAUUCAAGGUCCGGUGGGUCUUCCUGGUCCAGCCGGUCCUCAGGGGCCCCCUGGAGAGGACGGCGAUAAGGGAGAAGUUGGCGGACCCGGACAGAAGGGAAGCAAAGGAGACAAGGGUGAACGAGGUCCACCCGGCUCAACAGGUCUCCAGGGUGUGAUUGGUGCUCCUGGUCCGGCUGGCAGCGACGGUGAGCCUGGGCCAAGAGGACAGCAGGGCAUGUUUGGCCAGAAAGGAGAUGAAGGACCCAGAGGAUUUCCAGGGCUGCCGGGACCCAUCGGGCUGCAGGGCUUGCCCGGCCCUCCUGGUGAGAAGGGAGAGAACGGAGACGUCGGGCCGAUGGGUCCGCCAGGUCCUCCCGGUCCCAGAGGUCCACAGGGCCCCAGCGGAGCUGAUGGUGCACAAGGUCCCCCUGGAGGUAUUGGUUCAAUGGGAGGUGUUGGUGAGAAGGGAGAAAAUGGUGAGGCCGGUAACCCAGGACCACCCGGAGAGCCUGGUAUUCAGGGCCGUCGAGGAGAGACUGGUGAGAAAGGAGAAACCGGCCCACCCGGCGCCGCCGGACCACCUGGUGGGCGAGGACCCCCCGGAGACGACGGCCCCAAGGGAAACCCUGGCCCUGUCGGCUUCCCAGGAGACCCGGGUCCCCCUGGUGAGCCUGGUGUUGGGGGUCUUGAUGGUUUAGCUGGUGAUAAAGGUGAUGAUGGAGAGCCUGGACAACCAGGUCCUCCAGGCCCAUCUGGUGAAGCCGGAGUACCGGGGCCUCCUGGCAAAAGGGGAGCUGUUGGACCCGCAGGUCAAGAGGGAAGACAAGGAGAAAAGGGAUCUAAGGGAGAAGCUGGAGCAGAGGGACCUGUUGGGAAAACCGGACCUGUGGGACCUCAGGGGCCCCCUGGAAAAGCUGGCGCCGAGGGUCUGCGGGGGAUCCCUGGCCCAGUUGGGGAGCAAGGACUGCCUGGUGCAUCUGGUCAAGAUGGUCCUCCCGGACCUAUUGGACCCCCUGGACUUCCUGGCAUGAAAGGUGACUCCGGAUACAAAGGAGAAAAGGGUCAUCCUGGUUUAAUCGGCUUGAUCGGACCUCCCGGUGAACCCGGAGAGAAGGGAGACAGAGGUCUGCCCGGACCCCAGGGUGCUUCUGGUGGGAAGGGUGAACCCGGUCUUGGGGGUGCACAAGGUCCGCUCGGGCCUCCUGGUCCUCCUGGAAUUGCUGGUACUCAAGGACAGAAAGGAUCAAAGGGAUCAGUAGGUUCAACUGGUCAGAAGGGAGACCCUGGACUCAUAGGACCACCUGGACCCCCUGGUCCACCUGGCGACAUGAUCCAGCCGCUCCCCAUCCAGCAGCCUGGCAAAAAAAGCAGGCGGCAGGCGGACAUGCAGGGAGAUGAGGCUUUGGCGGACUACGGCAUGGAGGGGCCGGGCAUGGAGGGAAUGGACGACGUCUUCGGAUCCCUCAACAACCUCAAGCAGGACAUCGAGCGCAUGAAGUUCCCCAUGGGCACCCAGGACAACCCUGCCAGGACCUGCAACGACCUGCACCUCAGCCAGCCUGACUUCCCAGACGGUGAAUACUGGAUUGAUCCGAACCAGGGCUGCAUCGGGGACGCCAUCAAAGUGUUCUGUAACUUCACAGCAGGUGGAGAAACAUGCAUUUACCCAGACAAGAAAUCAACAGGGGUUAGAAUGUCCAACUGGCCUAAGGAAUCUCCUGGUUCAUGGUUUAGUGAAUUCAAGCGUGGCAAAAUUCUGAACUAUGUGGACGCAGGGGACAACAGCAUUAACGCUGUGCAGAUGACCUUCUUGAAGCUGCUGAGCUCCUCGGCGCGGCAGAACUUCACCUACAUUUGCCAUCUGUCUGUGGCCUGGUACGACGCCAAAGCCGACAACUACGACAGAGCGCUGCGCUUCCUGGGCUCCAACGACGAGGAAAUGUCUUAUGACAAUAAUCCCUUCAUCAAGGCGCUGAUGGAUGGCUGCUCGAUGAAGCACGGUUAUUCAAGGACAGUGUUGGAAAUCAACACACCUCGCAUUGACCAGCUACCCAUCAUUGAUGUUAUGCUGAAUGACUUUGGGGAAUCCAGCCAGAAGUUCGGCUUCGAGGUCGGCCCAGUGUGUUUCCUCGGCUAGACGAGUCCGUCUCCCCCUCCCCCCCACCAGCUGAAGGACAGGGUCAGAGAUUUAACCGUAACACCAACAUACAGAGAACCUUUAGCCACCACCUAUUCUCCCCACCAAAGUAAAAACCUGUUUUCCUUUAUUGCAAAGAAGAUCCAACAAGCUUGGAGAAAGUGAAGCGCAUGCCUUGGCCCUGCCUUAAAAGUGCUUACCAGGGGAAGGUCCUCCUCGCCCUCGUAGGGCUAGAAACACGUGACUUUUACUUGUAACAGGAGUGACAUCAGGAAAAGGACUUUUCAUACCGUGGUGGACAGUGGCAUACUUUCAGCAUUGAAAAGAGGAUCCACUCCCCCUAAGCCCCGCCCACCCCCCACCCCUCCUCACCCAAAUCCUUUUUCCUCUCUGUAUGCUCCAAGUGAUGCUCUGAAUACAACCACAGAGGUGCUUUUGUGCAGAAUCGCAAAAACACUUAAGGUGCUACAAAUAGUGCAUUUGAUGAAACUGUAAUUAAUAUUAUUUGAAUUUUGUACAUUACUGUUCCUCUCUGAAUCCAUUCGUAAACCCUUGCAUGUGCUUCUUCAGUUUUAAUUACAUUUUUGGUCAACAUUCCUAGAGUAAAUUCAUUGAGGAUAUUUAAAGCUUUCUUAGAACACGUUUGGGAACAUCAGUGGCAUACAUUUGACCAAAGCUUCAAUUUGUAAGUAUGAAUCGGUCCUUUUGUAAAUAUGAUGACUCAUAACCUCUUUCAUGAGCUUAGACAUCAACUGGAACAUGACUUUGAACUAAAAAGAAAUCUGCUAAUGUAUCCAGUAGGAAAUUAAGCCAUAAUAAAAUGAGAUUAUAAUAUAAAUAUUCUAAGAAAGGGCUUAUUCUUCCAGUUGCUAUACCUCAGUUUCCUUUUCCUAUAAAAAUCUGAACAUGUUAGACACAGUCAAGUUUACAUUUUCUGUGGUUUAUAAUUAAGAAAACUAAUAUUUUUUUGUGUUGGUAAAGUAUGUCCAAUUGUUUUCACACAGAGAGGCCCUGUGGAUAUGUCCUUUUGUAGCAAUGACCAAAAUGUUUUGAUGUGCCCUGAAUUGUUCAUUUAAAAAAAUAUAUAUUAAAAUUGGGUUCUGAAAAACAUUGGGUUGACCGUUUGUGUUGUUGGCUGUUUGAGUUCAGAAACAAGUAGUCUUCGCUUUUUGUGAUUCUGCUACAAGACUCAUAUGUCCAUCCUUUAUCCUGACAGAAAAAGAAAGAGAAGUGAUUCUUUUUUGUUUAUUUUACUGAUCCUUCCAGUUCUUUUCCAUUUGUUUUUUUUCUUCUCUCAGACUAAGAUUUGACUUGGAUCAAGAUCUGUUUGCAUCUUAACGUUCUCGGCUUAAAAAAACUCUGACAACCAAUACUAAAAAGCCACUUUUUAAAAGAACCUGUGUGUUUACAGUAUGUCUAAAACCUAUGUACAACUGCAAUAAAGGUUUGGUGCUUUGCCAAGUGCA